AGGACAGGGAAAAGUUAGACAGGCAGCCGCAGCCGCAGCCGCAGCCGCAGGUCUUCAGGUCGGAGCUGAUUCUGUGCUUGUGCUGGUUCUUCCUUCGCUUCCACCACUAUGGAGCCUCCGGACUUUGAAGCCAUGAACCUGACAGUGAAGCCGGCGCCGCCAGCGUUCCCGCUGUGUGGCGAAUGGAAGGAGGCUGCGGAGGGAUCUCUGUUCCACCUCGCCAACAUCCUGCUUUUCCUCGGCUUCAUGGGAGGAAGCGGUUUCUACGGACACCUUUACCUGUUCACCUUCCUGACUGUGGGCUUCUUCUGCAGCACUGUGUGGGCGUGGUCCGACCCCUGCACCACGGACACCUUCCUCUGGAACUUCGCCCUGUUCGGGGCGUGUUUGACUCAGGCUCUCUAUAUAGUCUACAAGCUGAGGAGCCUCACAUUCGACAAGGACUUUGAGGAACUUUAUAAUUGCAUGUUUAAAAGACUCGGAGUAUCCCUUACACAUUUUGGGAAGAUAGUGACUUCCAGUGACGGAGUUGUCCACACCUUGGAAAAGGGCCAGUUCUUUGCUGUAGAAGGAAAAACAGCUAUUGACAAGUUGUCUGUUCUUCUGUCUGGCAGAGUCCAUGUGACAGUGAAUGGAGAGUUCCUGCAUUACAUCUACCCUUUCCAGUUCCUGGAUUCUCCUGAAUGGGAUUCUCUGAGGCCCUCAGAGGAGGGAAUAUUCCAGGUGACUCUGCAUGCUGACGAUCAGUGCCGAUACAUAGCCUGGAGGAGGAAGAAGCUGUACCUGCUUUUUGCUAAGCACCGCUACAUAGCCCGGAUCUUUGCCCUGAUUGUGCGCAGUGACAUUUCUGAAAAGGUGUACUCACUUAGUGACAAGGCUUUUGAUAGGGCAGGACACCGCUAUGAU